ACUAUUUUUUCUUUAUUUUUUAGAAUAACCCUGCUUUUGACUGUGCUCUCAACAUUUUUUGAUUAUUUUUUGAAAUCUAAACAGAUGCCGGAGAGAAGGACAAAUGCAUUUUACAAAACUAAUUUGGACACACCAGCCUGGCGUUUAUUGACAUCAUUUUCCGUUAUACGCAACUACUAUCGCCUAACACAACCAUAUCGCGGUGAAAUAGGUCAACAAUUUGCCUAUUUGGAUGGAUUUCGUUCCGCGAGCACUUUGCUUGUGCUCUGGAUACACUCGUUCUAUUUGCAAUUUUUACCGGCUCAUAAUCCAGGCUAUUUUGAAGAUCAAGCCAAAACCACUGUGGGUUUAAUGUUUCUCAAUUCUACCGUUAUCAUUGAGAUGUUUAUGGUAAUGAGUGGUCUGCUGUUGCAUUUGAAAUGUUCGCAAAGUGCAAUUGUCACACCGCAGAGCAGUUGGAAGCGAUGCUUGCAGAUUUUCUUGAUAAUUCAGAUAAGUCAUUAUGUGAGAAUCUACUAG